AUGUAAAUGGAGUUUGAUUAAUACUUAUCAUUGUUAACUAAUUUAGAAGAUGAAAUAGUUAAAAAGAUUAGAGAAUAAUAUCUUGAGGUUGAAAAUAAUAAAUCUGAAACAUUAAAGUGGACUGAAUCUUAGAGUAAACUAUUAAAGUCCUUAAUAAAUACUUAUUGUUCUAAUUAAAACAUAAUCCAUAUACAUGUGCCAGACAAAGUUUGGAACAUCAUCUCGAAAUUACUUAAUAAAUCUAUAAUUGAUUGUAGAUAAUAAUUAGAAAACACAAAAAAGUUAAUAUUUCAUUAAUAAUGGACUAAAACAGAGGAUGAUAUUUUAAAACAAAUUUGUAAUUAGUAUACAUUUGAAAAUAAGUAAUUCAAAUGGAAUGAAAUUGCAAAAGAAUUAUCUUAAAAAUAUAACAAAUCUACAAUUAAGUUGACAAAACAUGUAAGAGAUAGAUGGAUUAAUAAACUAAACCCUCAAAUAUUAAAAGGACCUUGGGAAAUCAAUGAAGAGCUUGAAUUAAUUAAAAAUAUAUUAAAACAUGGAAAAAAUUGGUAAAAUAUUGCUGCAGAAAUGAAAAACCAAAGAACAGAGAAUUCGAUAAAAAAUAGAUACUUUAAUAUUUAAAAAAAAAUGGAAUUUAAAGAAAUUUAAUAAUUAGAUAAAUAAUAAAUUGAAAAUGAACUUUUAAAACAUAACAUAAUUUAAUUCAAUAAAGUGGAUGAACUUGGAUAAUAAGAAAUCAGUUUUAUUUUAUUUUAUCUAAAUGAACUUACUAUUAAGAAAAAUAAAUUAAAUGCUGAAUAAUUUCAUUUAUUUACAGAAAAUGCUUAAAAAAAAUAAGAACUUUAAGUUGAUUUAAAUCAUAGUCAAAAAAAAAAACUAAAAACAUCAUAAAAAUCUGAUAAUUCUCAUGCUUCCAAUAUAUUGGGUAAAGUAUUAAAACAAUAUCAAUAAGAUUAAAGUUUAGAUUAGAAUAAAAUUUAGGAUCAUUAUGAGAAUUUGGUAUCUUAAAGAGGAAAAAAACUUGAGUUAGAUAAAGAACUGCUUAGCAAUUCUGAAAAUUUAUCAGAUGUUUAAUUUGGAAUAAAGAAUAAAGAUUCAUAAAAUGUACAUGUUUUUCCAAAAACUUAACUAAAAGCUGUGAUGGAAAUAAUAAAAUAAAAAAAAGAUAGUAAAAAGGAAACCAAGAAAGAAUCAGCAUAAUUAUAGAUUAAAUAAAAAAUGGGUGUCGAUGUAAAUUAAAUUGUUAAUUAAAAAUAAAAAUAAACAUCUAAAUAAAAAGAAUAAGUGCCACCCCUAUAAAUUUAAUAAUAAUAGUCAAUCUAAAAUUUAUAAAAUUAGUCUACUUGUUUUGAAUAAUAACUAAAUUAAUAAUAAAACUAGUUCUUAUAAUAAUAAAACUAGUUCUAAUAGUAAUAAUAAUAAAACUUGUUCUAAUAAUAAUAAUAAUUAAACUAGUACUAAUAAUAAUAAUAAUAACUAAACUUGUAAUAAUAAUAAUAAUAAAACUUUUAAUAAUUAAACUUGUACUAAUAAUAAUAAUAAUAACCUUAGUAUCAACUUUUAUAUCCAAACUUUUUAAAUGCUUAAAUGUAAAUGCCAUAGAUAACUUAAAUACCUGUAAUGGGAUAGAUAUCAGGAUAAGGAUAAGGAUAAGGAUAGAUGAUGAAUCCUAUUCCAGGAUAAUAAAUGAUGAUAUAAAUGCCUCAAUAAAUGAUGGGACAAUUAUCUAGUCAACUACAAGGAUAAAUGCAGGGUUAGAAUUUUUAGUUAGUUUCUGCUGUUCCAGGUUAAAUGUAAUAAAUAGUUCAUCCAUUACAUUAAUAAAUGGGAGAUUAGUUGCAACAUAUAAUUCAAAACCAAAGUUCUACUAAUUAAAAUAAUUAAUAGUAAAAUCAUCAAAUGCAUGAAUAGUCGGAUUAGAUAUAAAUGUAAUAAGUUCCUCCCAUAGGAAUACCAUAAUAAUAUUUUCCAUUUAUGUAUAUAUACAAAUAUUACUAAAUUAGGUUUCCUCCUUAGAGUAUUUAUCCAUAAUAGUAAUUCUAAUAGAUUAGUUAACAAUCAUCAUUAUAAAAUACUAAUUUGAAGGAUAUGUUUUAAUAGUCAUCUAAUUCAUAAUAAAUGCCUGCAAUGAAUUAUGCUAUGUCUAUGAUACCUCAAUUUGGUGAUCAAUAAUACUUUCAGUUAAUGAAUAUGAACCAAGGAUUUUCAUUGAAGUAGCCGAAUUAAUCUAUAGUGAAACAAGAGUUAGAAAAUUAAUAACAUAAAAACAAUAAAUGA